AUGACGGAGGCUGAGCUCUCCCAUUCCUUUCAGCCUGUCCCUCCUGGCCUCCAUUAUAAAACACGGAGGUUGCCUGCUCCCGCGCCCCCAUGGCUUUCCAUCGGCACGUUGACCCCACCAGAACCACUCGCUGGGUUGGGCCACUCCCCCAGUGGCUUCCCACACAGGGACCCGCAGCCGGAGGCAAACGUCCUGGGGAGGCUGUUUUCCCUGCUGGGACUGGAGAAAUCACGCGCCAGGCGGCGGCGCGUCGGUCCCCUGCAGGCUCGGGCUGCACCUCGCCCCUCCCGGCUGUUUUUCCUCAGGCCUGGCCCCUCCCAGCUGUUUUUCCUCAGGCCGAAGGCUGCGCAUGCUCAGUUCUGCGCCCCCGGGCUGGGCGGUUCCUCGCCGCCAAGGAGCGGAGAGCGGGGGUGCUCACGCUUUCCACCUCACAGGCUCCUGCAGGCUUUGUUCCCAGAGCUAAUACCUGAAGGAGAGAGGAGAAGGCAAGCAGAGAGAGUGCUUGGAGGAUCUCAGGGCAAGCAAGGAGUGAACGACUGGUUCCUUCUCGUUUUCCCCGUCUUACUGGGCAUGUACACAGGUGAUCUUUUGAAUCCUCACCAAAAAAUCCUGGUGUGGAAGUGUCAAGACUCCCUUGGGCCUGGGACUUCCAGCAGAUUCUCACUGACAUAAGAGUCCACGUUCAGCCUGCAGUAGUUCCUGAAAAUUACUGUUUAAGAGCCCUUUUAUGGCUCCAGUGCCCGUACUCCAUGUAAGCAGAUCGUGGUUGUUUUGUCUCUCUUGAUGUCUCUUCUCUCUACAUAUUGAGAUGGCAGUUUCACCUGCAACUUUAAUUCUCAGAUGAACCCAAGAAAUGCCAUUUGUUUUCGUGUUUGUUCAGCUUCCUUUGUUCCAUAAGAUUGACAGUGAACUCUUUUAAGCUCUUCACCUGUUGCAUCUAAAACCAAUAGUCAAUUCUGACUUUCAGUUUGUAGAGCACAACAAUAUCUCCAGCUUAGUUUUUGUCCUUACACUAACCUUGUCCCUUGCAAUAAAUGACUUAGUCUCAUCUUUUCGGUAUCAACCACAAAUGUCACUGUGAUAUGGAGGUCCUCUUGUCACUCUCUUUAAAAUAGCUUCUUCACUUUCAUCUUUAUAAGUUACAGCAUCCUUUGUAAAACUUGUCAAAAUUUCAAAUUAUUUUCUAAAAAUUGUUUUCUCUUAAGAAUCAAAAUUGUUGAGGAAAAGA